AUGACCCAGCGGUGGGGCCCCCAAAGGCUUGCAGGCGGGCAGCUGCAGGCCGACACAGAAGACAGCACCCAGGCGAGCGUCUUCACCUACACCAACAGCAACGCCACCAGAGGCCCCUUCGAAGGUCCCAAUUACCACAUCGCUCCCCGAUGGGUGUAUCACGUCACCAGCGCCUGGAUGAUCUUUGUGGUCAUUGCGUCUGUCUUCACGAAUGGGCUUGUGCUGGCAGCCACCAUGAAGUUCAAGAAGCUGCGCCACCCUCUGAACUGGAUCCUGGUGAACUUGGCGGUUGCCGACCUGGCAGAGACCAUCAUCGCCAGCACCAUCAGCGUCGUCAACCAGAUCUACGGCUACUUUGUGCUGGGCCACCCUAUGUGCGUCGUGGAAGGCUACACUGUCUCCUUGUGUGGCAUCACGGGUCUCUGGUCCCUGGCCGUCAUUUCCUGGGAGAGGUGGCUCGUAGUCUGCAAGCCCUUUGGCAACGUGAGAUUUGAUGCCAAGCUGGCCAUCGUGGGCAUUGCCUUCUCCUGGAUCUGGGCUGCUGUGUGGACAGCCCCGCCCAUCUUCGGCUGGAGCAGGUAUUGGCCCCACGGCCUGAAGACAUCGUGCGGCCCGGACGUGUUCAGCGGCAGCUCGUACCCCGGAGUGCAGUCCUACAUGAUUGUCCUCAUGACCACGUGCUGCAUCAUCCCCCUCAGCGUCAUCGUGCUCUGCUACCUCCAAGUGUGGCUGGCCAUCCGCACGGUGGCAAAACAGCAAAAAGAAUCUGAGUCCACCCAGAAGGCGGAGAAGGAGGUGACGCGCAUGGUGGUAGUAAUGAUCUUCGCCUACUGCCUCUGCUGGGGGCCCUACACUUUCUUCGCGUGCUUUGCCGCUGCCCACCCCGGCUAUGCCUUCCACCCCCUGGUGGCGGCCCUCCCGGCCUACUUUGCCAAGAGUGCCACUAUCUACAACCCCGUUAUCUAUGUCUUUAUGAACCGGCAGUUUCGAAACUGCAUCAUGCAGCUUUUUGGGAAGAAGGUGGAUGAUGGCUCUGAACUGUCCAGCGCCUCCAGAACGGAGGCCUCAUCUGUGUCUUCAGUGUCACCUGCAUGAGUCUCUCCCAGCCAUGACAACAAAAAGGUGGGCUUCCUACCAGAAAACAUAAACCCUGUCCCAUACACCAGCGCUUUGGCCACGCCCCCCCCUUGCC